CAAUCUGGUCUUUGCUUUGCUUUGCAGAUGGGCGAAUAUGUUAUAACUCAAAUCAAGUACAAUGAAAACUCAAACUAUCCAGAUGACAGGGCACUUUGUUCCUUUCUUUAUACUGUUUUUGGGAUUGGUUUGGAUUAUCGAAUGUACUGAAUUAACCAAAGAAAACAAGAAGGAAGAGUCAAUAUUGAAAUACUGCAAAGAAAAGGUCGAAUAUGGACAUAAUACAUUGAACUGUAGUCACCAAAAUUUAACGUUCAUACCACGGAUUACAGAUAAAAUAGAUACUUUGAUUUUCAGUUUCAAUCAUUUAACUAAUAUCUCACAGGAAACGUUUUUUAAUAUUAGUAAUCCGGCCUUGAUAUUCAAGCUUUAUAUUGAUCACAACAGUUUACAGAACAUUACAGCAAACGCCCUAGACGUGUUUUCUAAUUUGCAUUUGUUAUAUUUGUCAUACAAUGAAAUAUACUAUGACAAUUUCAAACACCUUCUUGGUUCAAUCUUUGCUAAAAGAUAUUUAACGCACUUAGAAAUGACUGCAAUCAGCACUGUAAAUCUCCAGGAAGAUUUAUUUUCGUUACUGGGAGAAAAUCAUAUACAAACAUUGAAGGCUUCAAAGUAUUUUAUCAAAACUUUUGAUAUGAAAGUGCUCAGAAAUUUUAAUCGGUUAGGAGUUCUGGAUAUAUCAUAUAAUCAUAUUGAGGAAAUUUUUUUGUUUAAAAACGAAUAUAUGCAUUCGUUCUAUAUUGGAAAAAACAACUUAAGGACACUCCCGGACUUCAGAAUAAACGGUAACGAAUCAAAUUGUUUCCUUCCACGACUUGUGUUAUUAAGUGCAGACGAUAAUGACAUAGAAGAAAUAUCAUCUGAAAGUCUCAAAUGUUUAAGACACUUAAGAGUCCUAAACAUCAACGGAAAUUUAAUACAUAUAUUACCGAACAAUUUCCUGUCACCAUUGCUGAAUAUCCACACGUUAGAAAUAAUGUUACCAAGCACAAGAGGUUUAAUAGUGGAACCAUUUGCAUUUAACUCGUCCUCGCUCGUGUCACUUACUCUACAAUAUCGUUUUUCUGCUUUGUACGUUUUCCAGUCCUUGAAUAAUACCUUUAAAUUUUUGCCAAAACUCAGAAAAUUGAUGAUAAAUGGCAUUUCAAUGUUGCGAUUAACCGACAAAGAUAUAAUUGGAUUAUUUGCGCCGCUUCAUAACUUGCGAGAACUGCGUUGUUUUAGCUGUCAGAUAUCACGGGAUCCCAAAAUUAUCUUGAACCUAAUGAAACAUUUGGACACUGUUAACUUUCAAUCAAAUAUGAUAUCAAAAUUAAGUAGUGAAACAUUCAAAGAUAAGAACAGCCUAAGAAACCUGGACCUACGUUAUAACCAACUUAGACAUAUAGAUUCUACAGCUUUACCGAUUUCACUUCUUAAUAAGUUGCACCGCUUCGACAUCAGCAAGAAUCCAUUUGUCUGUGACUGUAACCUUGAAUGGUUUAUUGCUUGGUUGCAAUCAACACAUAAACCUGGAACGAUUUUAAGAUACCCUAAAGAUUAUAUCUGCAGCCUUCCAAAAGAAAAAACGAGAAGGCGACUCUCUGACAUAUCAUUUACGUACAGAGAAUGUCAUCCUUGGGACACGUGGAUUUGGGUCGCUAUCAUUGCAUCACCUUGUGUUAUUGUCAUUUGCAUUAUCAUCAUAGUUGUAUAUAGGAAUCGGUGGAACAUUAAACAUUAUAUCUAUUUAAUGCGAAAAAGACGAAACUACCAGGUUAUUGAGGGAAAUGAUUUUGUAUAUGACGCUUUUGUUGGUUAUGAAACCGAGGAUUCAGCCUGGGUACGCCGUCGACUGUUACCAGUACUAGAGGAAGAAAUCGGUCUGAAAUUAUGCAUUCAUGAAAGAGAUUUUCAGCCUGGUGUCUUUAUAAAUGACAAUAUUGUCACAAAUAUGGACAAAAGUAGAACAAUGAUAUUUGUUCUUACCAAUGCCUUUGCACGAAGCGGAUGGUGCAUAUUUGAAUUAAAAAUUGCACAUUCUAAGCUGAUCGAAGAUGAAACAGAAUUAGUGGUCAUUUUGUUAGAGAAAAUUGAUGGAAGAAAUAUGAAUCAUUCCUUGAAAUGCCUUUUUGAUACAACAACGUACAUUGAAUGGACAGAGGAUUUGGUUGGUCAGGAACUGUUUUGGGAGCAAUUGAAAAGUGUUCUUGUAAAAUGAUUGCGAAACAAAGUAUAAUAGCCCCUGUUAUGUAGGGCAUUGGUCUUAUUAAUCAAGAAGUAUAGUGAGAGGAUAUUUCUUUCGUUUGUGUGAAAUUUUGAAUCUAUUUUCAUGAAACAUUACAAAGUCCAUAUAUUUUUACAAGCCGGGGUCGUCAAAGUAUAUUUGACUAAUAUAGCACCAUACUUUAUGCGUAAAAUUAAAGUCUAUAAAGCUAUAUAUCUGCUGCAAAAAAGUAUUUUUAGCAUUGUAAAAAAGAAUACUUCUAAAAGGCUUGUAUGAGAUAAUCGAAUGAUGCAUGCACAAAAUCUUUUUUAAACGUAUUAAACCCAACUUAAAAUAGCAAAUAAUAUUUUGUUCCGGAACAGUUUAUUUGUUUACGUACACUAUUCAUGUUAAUCAAAUACUAGAAACAGAGACAUUCUAUGUUACAACAUUUUCGGGAAUCAACCAUAUUAUAUGAUAGACUUUAUAAAAAUAUUUCAUAAGAUAUAAAUAUAUACCCUUUGAAUUAUUGAAGAUAUCAAUGAAAUUAUUAUUUUCUGCGAUUUUAUAUUUAUCUUUAAAAAUGAAAACAUUAAAGUUAGCUUUGAUGGCAAACAUGUGAAAAAUAAUAGUUUAAAAUUGGGAUAAAGAGUGGUCAUAUACAUCAAAGCAACAAAAAAUUAUGCCCUACUAGCUUUUUUAUCUCGUUUUACCAGCCUGUAUUUUGAUAUUGGAUAUGAAACAAGACAAAUUAUUUAUGAAAUCGGUGUUGUCAACAAAAUACGAACAUUUUUACGAAAACACAGCUUAACAUUAUGCAAUGUUAUGAUACCAUAGCACAGCCUACUAGUGCAAAUUGGGUAAAUACAACAUUGUGUUUUAUCAAAAUGAUGUCAGCUUCUUAUAAGAAUAUAUUUUAAUGACAUGACUAUGCGAAAAGGGGCGAGGAAACGGAUUUCCAUGCCUUUGUCUAUAAAAUUAUCUUUCUUCUUUUGUGUUUUUAUAUGUUGAGCAAUGGAUAGGAAACUGCCGCCUAUAUGACUGAAAUACUGUUGGGAAAAGGCGUAAAAGAAACAAAUAAACAAACAAACAAAAUAUGUUGAGCAUAAAUAUAAUCUAUUUGUAAAUAUUAUGUGAGUCACAACAUUGUUGUAAAUAUUUAUUACGAUUUUCCAUAUUCAACAUAAUAUUAG